AUGAAAUCAAUCAAUUUUAUAAAUUCACCGCUGUUACCUAUAAUCUUCGCUCAAUCGGAAUACUUGCCACAUGAACAAUGUAAAGAAGAUGCGCUACGAUUUUUAAACGAAUUACAACGUGGUACACUAUGGGCUGUGCAAAUGUAUGACGCUUCAUCAAAGUAUCCGAGUGGCAUAUUGUACGGUCAUACAAGAAAUUUGGGUAACUUUGACGAAUGUUACAAUUUGCAAGUUGAUAUUAGAAGAAAAAAUACAUUGGCCGGCAAAAUCACUGGGAAAUACUGUUUAGUCGAUCUUCUGUAUGAAAAAAAAUAUACAUUAAUGAAUUCCAAGAAAUCAGUCAUGUUCGACUUUGAUCCGAACGAAUCUGUUUGGGAAGCGAUACAGGAAAAAGGAAAUUUUCUCCGUAUUCGUCGAUAUCACUUACAAUUAGCUCAUGUACCAUCAAGCUGCAAGGCGAAAGACGUAGAAAUGCAUCAUAUUAUUGGAUUAACUCCACUCUACGCUAUAAUUCUGUUCUUUUUCGUUUGGAUCUUUCCGCUUCUUGAUUCGGGACCUUUUUGGAAACGAGAAGUUGAAGAAGAAGCUGCAAAAUGUGCCGCUAAUUGGUGGGCAAAUCUGUUAUACAUCCAUAAUUAUGUAAAACCAUUAGAAUUGUGUAUGUACCAUACAUGGCAUUUGUCUGUCGAUUUUCAAUUGUUCAUUUUGAGUCACUUUGUGAUCUACAUGUUUUGGCGUAUGCCACGCAAAAUUGGAUAUCUUUUUCUCGGAACGCUCACAAUCGUCGGCAGUAUUAUACCUAUUAUUGCAACAUACUUGUAUAAUGUAUCGCCAAUCUUUCGUAUUACACCAGUGAUCCAUAAUGUACAAGAAGUAUCGUAUUUUAAGACAUAUUACAUAAAAACGCAUUUUCGCUUCUCUGCAUAUUUUAUUGGGAUAAUCACAGGUGCAAUACUUCACGACGUAAAUAAACAAAUAAAAUGGCAAGUGCCGAAGACAUGGGAAAUUGUUCCAGAUGCUAUUUAUGCUUUUGCAAUUUCGUUAGUCCUUACAGUAUGCGUCGAAGAACCAUUCAGAAAAUUAGCAAAACAAAUUUUCCCAAAUUAA